AUGAAUACACAAUGGAUACACGAUGUUUUGCAUUAUGACCCUCACUUAUCUGCAGUUUCAUUUUUAGUAAAUUCUAUUCAUUUGGUAGUACUGGUUCAGAAAUCAAUGAGAACAUCUUCCACAAACAUUAUAUUGUUAGCAAUUGCGGUUUCUAAUUUGGCAUACAUGACUUACCCUAUAAUAGAUGCGCUAAAAGAUAUUUACAAUUCUAUGAAACCAUGCAUACUUCCGGAUUCAUACGCCUACGUAAUCUUCUCCUGGAUUUCUUAUACCGUUCAAGAUGACGUCCGGCGAUGUGAAGCAUUUUUAUCUCUUGCAAUGGCCUCCAUAAGAACAUUUGUGCUCAAAUACCCUAUGAAAUAUGACGCCGCUACAAGUGUUUCUUUCGGAUCGAAAACUUGUCUCAUUCUAUUUCUUCUCAGUUCCAUCAUAUCUUCCAUACAUUUCCUAACAACACAAAUAAACCCUGUCAAUUAUCUCAAAUUAAGAUGUAAAAAGGGAUUUUCAAAUGAUACAUCGGCUAUAAUGUAUGUGUUGGAACCAUCGACAUUAGGAAUGUGGAAUCAGUCCUUGUUGACGAGGGUUCACAUGGUAUUGGAUGCAUUUUUUAGCAAGAUUUUCCCAGCUGUUCUAUUUCCCAUUCAGACUCUCUUGCUAAUUUUUCAAAUUCGAAAAGUCAAGUCAAAAUCUCGAAACAAAAUGUUUUCAGACCCAAACCAAAACAAAAACUCGGCAACUACAAAACUAGUAUUUUUGAACACAAUAGUGUAUGUGACUUCCACGCUUCCCUCUGGAAUUUUCUAUGUCCUCCACUCAUACGAUAUUGCUUGGCUUGUGGAGGUAAACUUAGCGGAUUUUGUAUUCGCGUUGAGAUUCCUAACAUCCCUCAUGACAUUAACACAUUUUCCAAUUUGUUUGGCAAUGUCUACACAGUAUCGGAGUACGGUACUGGGAUUAUUGAGAUUUAAGAAAGAAUCUGGAACUACGGUAGAAAAUUUCUGA